AUGAAAGUCACCACCAUCAUCUGGUUAUGGCUUAUCACUGCCCACUGCUACCCUGGUAGGAUGGACUGGGAUUACGCUGUUCAACGCCACCAGCAAGUCCUCCAAGGGGACACUGACCGCGGGUUUGGCUUGAACGAGCCAUUCAUCCCAACUACCGCUCAUAUUCUCCCCGAGAAGAAGCCUUUCCCAAUUGACGAAUCAGUCCACUACUACGAGAGACAUUUCAACGGCUCAGGGCCGGACGGAACUUACCGUCGCUCUUCGUGCCCCGCGGUAAAUGCGUUGGCCAACCGGGGCUACAUUAACCGAACUGGACGGAAUAUCAGCUACUCUGAGCUGACGCAUGCCGUUCGCCGGGUCUGGAACUUUGCCGAUGAUAAUGUGACUCCUCCAUCCCUCUCAAGCAUUCGGAGACCUUUUCCCGAGGGGGAUCAGAAUCUUGGUCGAGACAUCUGUCCAAUGAAGGCCCGCUUCCAACGGGAAGAUUGUGGCCAAGGGGAGCUGGAACAUAGGAAGUGUAUUACCAAUCUAUAG